AUGUUCAGCAGAGCACUGUUGGCAACCAGACCCAUUUGGUCCUCGACGUUGGUCAAACCAACGACCCAGUGUCGUAACAUGACGAUAACUUCCUUCAAAACCCCGAUGGUUUCUUCCGUCAACCGCGUCGGUCUACAGUCGUUCAUUGAGCAGCGUCUCACCACUGGUAUCCAGACACCGCAUAUAAUCCUGACACCAUCGCCAUUGCAGGCCUUUUUGCAGAGACGUUGGGGAAGAGGUGGUUUCCGUGGUGGAAAUAGAGGUAACACAUACCAGCCCAACACGCUAAAGCGCAAGAGAAGACUGGGAUUUUUGUCCAGAAUGUGUUCGAGGACGGGAAGAAGGAUCAUAAAGAACAGGAAAGAGAAGGGCAGGUGGUUUUUGUCGUACUGA